GCACUGUUUCAGCUAUAAAGGGGAAGAAAACUUGCAGAAAACAUUUGCAACACAUUUUUACCACACAUUUUACCAUGUAGAAGUGAAGGACCUUAGUCUCUCUGAGCUGAACAUCGGAUGUGAACAUCGCUCAAUGAUGGUUGUGUGGAUGAUGUCACUGAGAUUGACUCCUUCCCUUUCUCUGCUGUUUCUGCUCCUGAUUUCAGUUGUUGUUGCUCAAAAUGACAGGAGUGUGAAAUACACACAAAAUUCUAUCUGUGCUGUAAGGGGAUCUACAGUGACCAUGGGCUGCAGUUACAUAUAUAACUCCAUUAAUUCAACCAAUUCCACAUUUCACAGAGCUUUUUGGUUUGCUAAUUCGUUUCCAUAUGCAGAACUGUCUACAGACGCACGAUACGGACACAGGGUUCAGUAUCUCAGAGACACUCCACAUGACUGCAGCCUCAGAAUAAAAAAUGUUAUGCAAAAAGACAGUAACAAAUAUUUUGUCAGCUUUAACACAUCAGCUGGAGUGUUUCCAAAUAAGAAUGGGGUUGAGCUUAAGGUCACAGCGCUCCAGCUAAAGAUUAUUCCUGAUAUAGUUUUUGAAGGAGACGAAGUGAAUUUCACAUGUGAAACCACCUGCAGCCUGAGCAUGAACCCAAAAUAUUUUGUCUGGACCAAUUCUUCCUAUAAUUAUUAUACAUCCUCCUCAAACCUGCUCCGUCUGCCGUCAGUCAAUCAGAGACAUGCUGGAAUUUACCGCUGUGCUGUAGAAGUACAAAAUUAUCUCUCCCCUCAAGUCAAACUUACUGUCAGGAAAAGAUCACAAUCUAUGGCUGCAAAUACAGAAGUUUUGUAUCAAAGUCGCUUUUUGGUUGUUUUUGGAGUCGUCAUCUGUGGAGUCGCAGCUCUUCUUGUUGGACUUUACUACAGAAGCAGGAGGAAGAGGCAGAAGAUGUCUAGUGGUGCAGGAAGCUCCUCACAGCAACAGAUUGUUGGGGAAGACUUGUACACUACCCCGGACCCCAAUUUCAGGUCCUCCAAUGACAUGUACAACACUCUUGGAAACAUUUACUACAAUAUUACUGAUGACACGUACACAGCUCUCGAUCUUCAGACCAGGUCCCAUGACGUGUAUAACACACUUGCAACGGUUCACCAGAGUUUUCCUGAUGACACUGAUACAGCUCAAGAUUCUCAGACCAUCUCUCCGGAUUACGACAAUCUACCAAUUGAGAUAAAGCAACAAUGAGAUCAACAUCGACACCAUGUCAAGAUCAGUAUUGAACUCAAUCUUUAACUAGUUUUACUUUCUGAGCAUAAGAGCUUUGCAUUUCUGAGUAAUACAUUGUAUUUGUGUCUUAAUUCUCCGACAGAUAAAAAACAAUGUGUGGGGAUUUAUAACUGUGCUGCAUUACACCUGUGUAUCAUUUUUCUACAUGUGAGCUCUACAAUUUGUUUUAAAUAGUUUGAUUUUUUACCUGCUUAGCUAACACAAUGUAUUCAUGCUUGAAAUAAAAUGUUAUAUUCAUGAAAUACAAAAUAAACUGGAAAAAAAAACUUC